AACUUGAGUACACGGGUGCUACCCUUUUCCUAUAUAUCUGCAAACCUGAGCGAGCCCAGUGCACUGCUGCUGGAGGGAACGCUUCCAGUCAGCGACUAGUUACACUUUGGCGCGGCAGAACCUCGACCGGUAGUCUUUGUCCAAGUUGGGAGCCGUGUCGGCCCGUCGUGCUCGUGGGAGCAUAAUCUGUCGCCCCCCCCAAAGUCCAGGGAGUCCGCUAAUCCUGUAAUCCUACGCUACUGCGAAUACUUCAGUUUCGACGCUGUAGACUGUCCAGACGGAGCUACCUAUACCUUCUUACCUCCCACACCUCAGCGGUCAACGAACACACUCACCCACGUCUCGCGCCGCGAGGCUCUGCCGUUUUCAACUGAGCACAGUGUGAUCCAACAGUGAGCAAAAGCCGAGACGGGAUCUCCCACCUGCCUUGAACCAGCAAAGAGAGAAAUCACUGGAACCGGGAUAUUGCCGUGUGGCCUGCCGGAGACUGCAUCCUUAGCUACACUCCGAUUGAGAAGGGCACAUGCACACUGAGACGCCAGACUGUGUCCAUCAGCUUGAGCACUGCUUGUAAUUUUCGAACCUGGUGACUACAUACGUGUAAGGAAAAAAUGUCUCCACGUCGUUUCUUUGCAACAUUUACUGCGGCGGGUACAAGCACCCGAGAAUCAGAUCUCACUAGACUCGUCGUAGUUUUGCUGUGGGCCUCCCUUGCCGUGGUCCAAGUCCAGAGACUCUCGGCAGACCCGAUUCGGUGUUACUCUCAGCCUGAGUGUCGAGUUGGAGACCCGGCGCCGGGGUGUUCGUGCAACCAGUACCUCGAUUCGGACACCGGUCGCUGCGAAAACUGCCUCGUCUGUUGCCAGGAGGGAAAACAUCAAAUUUCGCGGUGCGAGAGAGACCAGAAUUCCGUGUGCUCUCUGUGUGCCCCGGGUGUACAGUUCCUCGAUGGGGAUGCGUUGCUCUGCCGAAACUGCUCCGUCUGUGCAUCAGACGAGAAACAAGUCGCGCCGUGUACGACAGACAGAGACACGCAGUGCCAGCCGCGAUGCCAGGAUCACCAGUACUAUGCCGCGGGCCUCGACCGCUGUUUUUUCAACUGCGAACUCUGCCAGCACGGCUGCACCACGUCAGACACCUCGGGCACCAAGUGCCAGUGUCAGCCGAGCCAGUGCUAUCUGGAGACCGACCUCCUCUGCGAGACCAACCAAUGCGCGACAACCGAACCCCCUCCCCCCGACGUGACGAGUACUCUAGCACAUAGAUCUAACGGACUCCCCACGUGGGGGAUCGGGCUCAUUUCCAUCGGUGUCGUGAUCGGGAUUGUCGCUUUUUCCGCCGGGUCCAUGAUACUUAGUUUCUGCACGAGAAAGUCGCCGCAGACCGACCUGGAAAUGAAUGAGCCGGGAGUCAACACCAAACCGUCGAUGCUGACGGGUCGUUACAUUAACGAGCCGGGGGCACUCUUUCAUAAGCAUCACCCACUUUUUGAGACCGGUCGGAAGUACGGCCACUACUCCCCCGGUUCGUCCACCCGUUCGAGUAGCAUGAGAAGUGGGAGCAUUCGGACAAACGGCAUUCGUAAUAGCCCAAAGACCCACGGAGUUAACGCUCAGUCUUCGAGAUCUGAGAACAUUACACCCAUAUGACCUAACCCUUUCUUUUUACACCCACCCCUCUCUCCGUACUCCUCCCCGUCCUUGUAUAUGUAUGUAUGUAUGUGUGAUUCAAAGAGCACUAAAUGAUGUGUCUUUCCCCUCUUCAAAUGGGCACUUACGUACUUCAUUCCGUAUGUUCGCAAGUGUUGCUGUAUGUCACCCUCUGUCACUCAUUGUCCCCUCCAAAUUGCUCCUUAUAUCACCUUAGCACUCAUUGAGAGCUAUCCUUUCAUUCAAUUUCGCUCCCCGUUGUUGAUUAACAGGGGCUCACAGGUAUUUACCCUCUUAAUCACAUUCCCCACCUUCCAUUAUAGCCACUGUCUUGAUGUUUGUGUUUUUCUGUUGCUGUAAAAGGCCAAUUGUAUAGUCUUUCUGCAAGGUUUCAUAUGCUG